UGUAGGAUUAAUCGAACUUAAUAAGUUUUUUUAAUAUAAUUUGUUUCUUAAAAAGAUGAAGAAUACAUAUAUUUUUCUUCUUUUUUUUACAGGGGUUAUGUUUUCAAAUAUUGUUGAAACCGUAGAUUUAAUUGAAGGGGAAUCACCAACAGUGGCGAUGGCGAAUGCAAUACAAGUAACUAGAGAAAUACAAUUAUUGGCUCAUUUGAUUAUGAUGUUGGAUAAUGAAGUUCACUUUGCCCAAGGUAAAGCAAAAAUGCGAGUGGGCAAUAUGAUCAAUGAAACAUUAGUAAGACGUGUCAGAAAUACUAGGUUUUUAGGCACUGGUGGAGAUCUAGAUAGUGUGAAAUUCCACUUAGGUAAGGCUGUCGGUAAAGUAGUUGAUGCGUUUAAAAACAUUUCAUGGUCAUUGGAUGAUGAAGAUGAUUAUUAUGAUGAUGAUGAUGAUGAUGAUGAUGGUGAUAAUGAUGACGAUGAUGACGCAGAUAAUCUGUCAGUUAAUAGCAUCGAAGACGCCCUUUCAAAAGUUGAUCCUGAUGAGGAACUAACCUAUUCAUCUACAGACAUGGCGGAUCUAGAAAUGGUUUUGAACAAUGAAGAUGCCUUAAUAAGUGCCUUAUCUUCAAAUGACGUGGCAACAAUGCUGCUUGCACUUAAAGAACUUGAUGCAGAAUUAGAGGCAGAAGAAAAGACAACCGGAGCAGUAGAUACCGUAGUUCUGGCCGAACAAGUGAAAUUAGUUAAGGAUUUGGAAGAUUUUGAAGAAUUUCUAGAAAUGAAGGAAGAAGCCAGCGGACAUCAUAUACCACCACUCAAUGAAGCAGAUGUUCUUAAGGGUUCAGCUGCAGUCAAACAAGAAGAAGACGUGAUCCUAGCAAACGAAGACGCUAUACUUGACGCAUUAUUGUCUAAUAAUAAGGACACGUUAGCUGAUGUACUGAACGAUGUAGGAUCACAAAUAAAAGAGCUAUCACCAGAAGGUGAAGCUCGUGUAAGAGGCAGUCAACAGGUAGCAUCAUCUCUAGGAAAUAACACCCUGGAAUUGCGAUCAGGAAAAUUUUUUGAUGAAAAUCCACCAAUAAUGUCUGAAACAGAAGAACUGUCUAAAGCAGUCGAGAUUGUAGAAGCCCUGCAUUUACUGGAACCUGUCGAAAAAUUGGUGCACGAUCAUUUAAAUUCGAUAAAAGAACAACCAGAGUCUCAUUACGAACAUCCACAUACAACAGUUCUAGACGACUUGAGCGCGUAUGAACAUACAGAUCCUCAUCACGAACAUCCACAUACAGAUCACGAUAUUCACAAUCAACAUUCAUCUCCAGAGUCUCAUUACGAACAACCACAUGCAACAAUUCUAGACGACUUGAGCGCGUAUGAACAUACAGCCCACCAACCUAUGCCGAAUGAAUUCCAAGAUGAAGAACCAGAUCCGUUCGAUCCAUCAUCUAUAGCUCAAGAUUAUUACCACGAACAUCAAACUCCAGAUCCUCAUCACGAACAUCCACAUACAGAUCACGAUAUUCACAAUCAACAUUCAUCUCCAGAUUCUCAUUACGAACAUCCACAUACAACAGUUCUAGACGACUUCAGCGAGUAUGAACAUACAGCCCACCAACCUACGACGAAUGAAUUCCAAGAUGAAGAACCAGAUCCUUUCGAUCCAGCAUCUAUAGCUCAAAAUUAUUAUCACGAACAUCAAACUCCAGAAGAAGAUCCUUACCAACAUCCCCAUCAUUCAUUUAUAGAAGAAGAUCCGUAUAUCCACAAUCCACAAAAUAACGGAAACGAAGAUUUGGAAGGAAUGAUAAUGGACGAAAAAGCCGAAUAUCUAGAAGAUCUAAUCGCAGCAGAAAAUCUAAUCGCAGCAGCGAGCUCACAUCAAUCAGAUUUAGAAGUUGCUCUUCAAACUGGAGAUACUGAUGCAUUAGUUGGUGCUCUUCUCGAGGAAGUUCAUAAUGCCGAUGUACCUCUACCGAUAAGUUCUGAAAACUCAAUUGAUUUGCUGCCACAUAGCUACGGUGUUGAUAUAAAUGGAAUUGGUUGCGAUUGUCAAGAAUCGUCAUGCGGAUGUUGUUUUAAUUUAAAUUUAAAACCUUUAGCGUUCAGCAGUUCAGGAUGUCUACUCAUUACAUAUCGUGAUAUAAAUGAUGUGGACCUACUAAUGAAAUACAAUGGUGCUGAAGUAUUUUUCAAAAGGUUUUCCUUAUUUGAACUAAUGCCUCCAUGGGGAGCUACUAUGUCUCAUAACACUGAAAACUUUGAUCAAAACUCACCUGAAAUAUUGAAUCCAUGGAAAGCUAUUAACACUCGUAACAAAUUUUUGGAAAAACCGCGGACUAAAAAUAUUCAUCAUUCAAAACAGAUACUACCAAAUAGAAAAUUCUGCUUCUCAGCAUCUCUCCCGUUUUCACUUCUCUCUCCAUUGGACAUCUGCGGCUUACUUCAUGAUAUGACUAUUAAUAAUAAUUAUUCAAUCUUGGACUUCUGUGUUAAAUUGAAAAUCAAAUCAACGAGUUACCCAGUGGUAAAUAGAGAAAUUGGAUGUAUGAAAAUACCUAUAUCCGGAAUAAGGAGGCAGAUUGCAGCAAUGACUGAGAAAUGAAAAAUAAAUUUAGCAUUAAAAAGAUCAAGAAGGUUAUUUAAGCGGCAUCAUCCACUUAUUUACGGCCACCACUAAUAAUAUAUUUUCUAUUUUGGAUGUAUUGAUCAAAUAAAUGUUUAUUAUAAAACUGUAAUGGCAUAAAAUAGUAUAAGUAGG